AUAUAUUUGCAGUCUCGUCUCAAGCAAUCCCAAAUUAAACCAUUUUCCAUGGACUCAGUGCAGCCUGAAAAACCAGCCCCUGAAGACAACCUUCAACGCAGAAAUGGCAACGAAGUGAAAGAGAAGGGUCGUUCUGACGCCUCGGCGUCCACUGGGCAUGAUUCAACCAUUACUCGUACAGGCCAAGGCUACUGGACGCUUAGCAUGGGGAAGAAAAAGAGCAGCUUUAAAGCAGAAGAUGACGACGACGACGACAGCAGCGGCAGCAGUAGCAGUGAGAGUGAAGAAGAUGAGAAGGAAGUGGUUGGACCAAAGCAGAAGCUGAAAUGGGAGAUGACGAUCAGCAAAAAGAGAGUCGACGGGAGAUCAGCCAAAAGAGAAUGAAUGAAUACACAUUACCAAAAUAAAUAAAUAAAUAAAAGCCCCCACCCCCUCAAAUUAAUGGGUGGUGGACUGACUGGACUGGACUGGAGAUAAGUUGCAUCCAUCCUCUUUCUACUUAAAUAAAUAAAUGUUAUGUUCUUACCUUUUA